CAAAUUUCCAUUAGAGGACCGAUAAGUAAGUAAAGUGCAUAUAUUUGCUAAACUUCAAUUCAAGCCAGGAGGUAAACUCUUCAAUAUGUUCACUAAUAGUCAAAGACAAGAAGAGCGUACAGGAAAAUAUGGCACUCCUAGGGUUCAAUAUCUUCAGGAACUCGUAGCUCAAUUUCAGAAUGCUUCUACUGAAGAGUCCAAGGAGAAACUUGUUGCUAACUUAGCAAACUUUGCAUAUGAUCCUUUCAAUUAUACUUUUCUACGCCAGCUUAAUGUUUUGGAACUUUUCCUCGACUGCAUAACAGAACCCAAUGAGAAGCUUAUAGAAUUUGGCGCAGGGGGGAUCUGCAAUUCCUGUGUUGAUCCUGCAAAUGCCGCAGUAAUAAUAAAAUGUGAUGGGAUACCUCUUCUUAUACAAUGUUUAUCCAGUCCGGUUAAAAAUACGGUGAUUUAUGCUCUCGGGGCCCUGUACUAUCUCUGUAAUGCAUCUACUAAGGAAGAAAUUUUGAGACCAGAAGUUGUGGAUGUCAUUAGGAGGUAUUCAGAUGCAGGUGGUGUUAGCGUUAGUUUCAGCAAUCUUGCUCAAGCUUUCUUAGAUAAGCAUGUCCCACAAAAUCAUUGAGGGUCUAUUGACGAUUAGGUUUACUACUCUUGGUUUUCUUGCCUAGUUUCAAACCCUGUGGGUGUCGCUGACUUUUCAAGUCAAAUUUGGUAGCCUCCAAAGUAAAUUAUGUGAAGGCAUUAUGCUGCGAAUAUUUUGUAUGUAAAUCAUUACAAAGUUUCUAGCCUCGCCUUGGUAACAUUCUGUUUUGCCCGUAUUUAAUUAAAAAGUGAGACUGUUAUGUUGACUCUCA